AUGGUAGAAUGCUUGGGAGAUUGUGCAAAGUAUGCUUUCCCUAUGUUUCUGGGAGGAACGGAUGAUGUCACUAAAAUUCUUGGGAUGGAUAUUAAUGACUUAACUUAAGAGAUUGUUAUUUCUGGAGUCAAUCAUGAUUCUAAAGUUGCAUUGGGUUCAGGUUCUUCAGGAUAUCCUUUUAUUGCUUACCUAGAGUAAGGAAACGUUUAUAGAUGGGCAAAGGUUGUUCUAAGAUAAUAUGAUUAAUAUAUUCAAGUCAGAUUUGGCUAUGAAAAAGAGCAAGUAUUGGCAAUGAGUGACAAAGAACCUCAUACAAUUAUCAUUCUUAAUGUUAAUGACGGAUCAUUGAAAUGA